AAAUUUGAAUUGGGACCGCCCAUUGCAACGCUCAGACACUUGUUCCUUGCGCUCUCGGCUUGCGUUCUUUCUCGACAUUCGACAAUUUGUGGCGGCGCUGCUGCGGAGAAAGAUAGCUUUAAUUUCCUUCCCUGGUCACCAUUACUGUUCAAAGCCAGAACAUGCCUUUGAGAGCCUCCAGGACUACGGUAUGGGUCUCAUUGCCGUCUACUUCCUUCAGGGCUCUUUUGCUGAUGCAGGCUAGAAUUUUCUCAACUACAGAGGAACUAGUGGACCCAAACAGUGUAACGCCUUUCUUCAGAAUGUGUUUGUCUUGAUGGAGUGAUAUGGUGCUGUGAAAGAAGGCAGCACUCGCAUCAAUGUUUCAUCAGGUUUCGUCCACCUGCUUCAACACCACACACACAGCAAGGAAUUGCGGAAGUCAUGGGAAAAGCUUUUGGACAGUAGUUGGCGUUAAUCCGGAAACGGAAUAUAUUGUAUUCAAAAUAAAAGUAUUGAUAACGCUUUGACACCAUUGCAUUGAAUAAUUCUCCUUGUCUUAAUUAUUAUUCAUCCAACAAUGCAAAAACACCUUGUACCGCGAUUUUUAAAAACAUACUACAUUUAUUUUGAAAGAUUAUAUAAGAAAAUGACUCGCAACAUAAUUUAUUUUGAAAGAUUGUACAAGGAAAUGACUCACCACUGGCAUCAGUUAUGUGUUUGUUCACGAGUACAGCGCCAAGAUUGGUGUCCACCAGGGCGGUUGCGGAUGUGUGCAAAGCCAUGUCUCCAUCGAUACCACUGCAGGAGAUGAUCCGGGCCAUCAGGUCAGCCAGGACUCAGUGUGAGGAGCGGGGUGUCAUACAGAGGGAAUGCGCUGCCAUCCGGGCACAAUUCAGACAAUCUGACGACGACGGCCGGUCUCACAACCUGGCCAAGCUUCUCUAUGUGCACAUGCUUGGCUACCCAGCACACUUUGGUCAGAUGGAGUGUGUUCGCAUGAUCGCCAGCCCUCGUUACAGUGAAAAGCGUGUAGGCUACCUGGGAGCCAUGAUGCUGCUGGAUGAGAAGCAGGAUGCCAGUUUGCUCAUCACCAAUUCUAUAAAGAAUGACCUGUCACACAGUAGCCAGUAUGUGCAGUCUCUGGCUCUGUGCACACUCGCUUGCAUAGGCUCAGCAGAGAUGUGCAAAGAUCUCGCCCCAGAGAUCGAGAGGCUGCUUCGAGCCUCUAAUUCUUAUAUUAAGAAGAAGGCUGCACUGUGUGCCAUAUACAUUGUUAGAAAGGUUCCAGAUCUCUGGGAACUCUUUGCCCCAACAGCUCGCUCUCUCCUGUCUGAGAAGCACCACGGUGUGCUCCACGGUGCUGUAGUGCUCAUCACUGUGCUCUGUGAGUGUAAUCCAGAGACACUGAAGCGCUUCAGAAAGGCGGUCCCAGAUCUGGUUCACAUUAUGAAAGGCUUGGUCACUUCCAGUUACUCUCCAGAGCAUGAUGUGGCAGGGAUCAGUGAUCCUUUCCUACAGGUCCGCAUCUUGAGACUGCUGCGAAUCCUAGGUCACAACAACGAGGCAGCUAGCGACACCAUGAAUGAUCUACUAGCUCAGGUAGCUACCAACACAGAUAGCACUAAGACUGUGGGCAAUGCUGUGCUGUAUGAGACUGUUCUUACGGUGCUGGACAUCAAGUCCGAAAGUGGCCUCAGGAUCCUGGCUGUGAACAUCCUGGGUCGCUUCCUUCUUAAUAACGACAGGAACAUUCGAUACAUUGCCAUGACAUCCCUACAAAAGAUUGUUGGGACAGACAACAUUGCAGUGCAGCGGCACAGAGGAACCAUCGUGGACUGCUUGAAGGACCCGGAUGCUUCUGUCAAACGCCGUGCGUUAGACCUCUCCUUAGCAUUGGUGUCUGCCAGCAACAUCCGCUCCAUGAUGAAGGAGCUGCUCGCAUUCCUUUCCUCCUGUCCCCCCGAACUCAGAGCCGAAGCAGCCAGCGGUAUUUUCCAUGCCGCGGAGAGGUACGCACCCUCCCAGCGCUGGCACAUUGACACCAUCCUGCAUGUCCUCACCAUGGCCGGAGGUGAUGUAAGAGAUGAAACUGUCCCCAACCUGAUCCUGCUCAUCACCAAUGCUUCUGAGCUUCACCGUUACACCGUCCACAAGCUUUACCGAGCACUCCUCGCUGACAUCUCUCAGCAACCGCUAGUUCAGGUGGCAUGCUGGUGCAUUGGAGAGUAUGGGGACCUGCUACUUGGAGGAGAGUGUCAAGAGAUGGAGCCCAUUGAGGUGACUGCCGACAGCGUGCUGGAUGCGUUGGAAACGGUUCUACAGUCUCACAUGUCAACCCCGGCGACAAGAGGCUUUGCUCUCACCGCCACCAUGAAACUGAGCACCCGAAUCAAUGACAAUGUCGAUCGAAUAAGAAGCAUUGUAAGCAUUUACGGCAGCUGUACAGAUGUGGAGCUCCAGCAGAGGGCAGUGGAAUACAACGCGCUCUUCAGAAAAUAUGACCACAUGAGGGCAGCAGUGCUGGAGAGAAUGCCUGUGAUUGAGAGGAACUCUCCGGGUCAUACCAACGGGGACUCGAUGGGGGAUGUCAUCAAAGAGAUGGAGGUGGGCAAGGUGAAGCCGAAAGAGGCCCUGCUGCCACAGCAGCCCGCUAACCAGAUAUGUGAUCUUUUGGACCUGCUUGGGCACUCCGAGGGGUCCGUUCAAGCCGACACAGUACUCGUCCAGCCCAUAAACACAGCCAAGCCUGCCGGAGGGGACCUUCUGGAUCUGUUGGGAGGCUUUGAGCCCACCCCCCUGGCGCCAGCCCCAGCAGUGACGGUGUACGAGAAGAACGGUGUAACUUUGACACUCAGCUGUGAGAAACAUUCCGACUCGAGCCUGACAGUGACCCUGAAAGGAAGCAACUCCUCUGACUCAGACAUCGCAAGCUUCGCUCUCCAGGCUGCUGUGCCCAAGAGUGUCCACUUACACAUGAAGGCCCCCAGCGGGAAUGCUCUUCCUGCACGAGGCUUCGCUCCGGUGACCCAGUUGGUGCUUCUCAACAACCCAAACAAGGUCAACCUUAAAAUGAGGAUACGCAUAUCUUACUCAAGCCAAGGAUCUUCCAUUCAGGACACAGUCCAGAUUGAUUCCUUUCCCGGACUUUCCUGAUUGGCACCUGUCAGUCUACUAUCAGACCUCCACAAUACCAUUCCUCAAAUUCCUGGAAUGGUUGUUUUACGCUAAUGUCGAACUUUGACAGAAAACACAAUCUUAUGGUCUAUUUUGAUAUUGCAUUCUCUACUUUGGAAUACAUAAAAACAAUCAAGUAUUGAUGUUUUCCAAUGUCGACCGUCUAUAUAAAAUGUCACCUGUGUAAUAUUCAGGGUUUUGAAUACUGUAGUUGAUUUUACCUGGAAUGAUUCUUUCACUUUUGAGAUAUUGAAUGUCUCGUAGCACUCCCUGCCUCCAAAUGUUUUGAAAUGAUUUCAUUAAAUUCAGUUCAGUACUAACAAAUGAACCUUUACUAUACCAUGAUGUCAUACACUCAAGAGCCCCCAUGUUCUCCUGUGCCUUUCAUCCUUUUUUGCUCAUUUAAUUACAAAGUGGGAAUCAGCAUUUCAAUUACUGUACUUUAUAAUGAACCUCUUGAAAAAUAGCCAUUUGUUGAUUAGUCAACGCAAAUCCCAAAAAAAUUAAGGACUAUAUUGUGAUGUAAAUAAGUUGUGGUUCUCUUAUUUUAUUGUAAAGCCCAAUACACAUAUGCUUCUUUUUUAAAAAAAAGGGCUAGAUCACAUUUUAAAGUCCGCAAAUAACUGGAAAUCCUGGGUUUCUGCAGUGGUACUUUAAAUGGAUGUUCAAACUAUUUCAGAUCUACAAAAAGUAUUUGGAUCCAUGCUCAUUUUGUAAUAAAGAAGGGUGUGUUACAGCACCUUUAAGCAGC